AUGGCCUCUGGAUCUUCUCUCCUGGAAGAGGAGCUCUCCUGUCCUGUGUGUACUGAAAUCUUCAGGGAUCCUGUUGUCCUGAGAUGCAGUCAUAGCUUCUGUAAGGCCUGUCUGCAGCAGUACUGGGAUCAGAAGGGAUCUCAGGAGUGUCCAGUUUGCAGAAGAAGAGCUUUGAGGAGUUUUCCUCCAAUUAACCUGUCUCUGAAGAAUACCUGUGAGGCGUUCUUAAAGGAGAGAAGUCAGAGAGCUGAAGCAGGAUCUAAAGUGCUCUGCAGUCUGCACAGUGAGAAACUCAAACUCUUCUGUCUGGAGGAUCAAAUACCCAUCUGUGUUAUCUGUCAAACUUCAAGAAAACAUGAAAACCAUAAAAUGCUACCAGUUCAGGAGGCUGCAGAAGAGAAUAAGGAGAAACUCAGGACUGCACUGGCUCCACUGCAGGAGAAGCUAAAAGCCUUCAAUGCAGUGAAAGUAAUCUGUGAUCAAACAGCAGAGCACAUCAAGAGCCAGGCCCAGCACACAGAGAGACAGAUAAAGAUGGAGUUUGAGAAACUUCAGCAGUUCCUAAAAGAUGAAGAGGCAGCCAGGAUCACUGCACUGAGGGAGGAAGAGGAGCAGAAGAGUCGGAUGAUGAAGGAGAAGAUUGAGAAGAUGACAGAAGAGAUAUCAUCCCUUUCAGAACAGAUCAGAGCCUUAGAACAGGAGCUGGGAGCUGAAGACCUCUCAUUUCUGCAGCACAGACUGAACAGACGGGACAGAAUGGCCUCUGGAUCUUUUCUCCUGGAAGAGGAGCUCUCCUGUCCUAUAUGCUCUGAAAUCUUCAGGGAUCCUGUUGUCCUGAGAUGCAGUCACAGUUUCUGUAAGGCCUGUCUGCAGCAGUACUGGGAUCAGAAGGGAUCUCUGGAGUGCCCAGUUUGCAGAAGAAGAUCUUCUCUGGAUUGUCCUCCAAUUAGCCUGUCUCUGAGGAAUGCCUGUGAGGCGUUCUUAAAGGAGAGAAGUCAGAGAGCUGAAGCAGGAUCUGAAGUGCUCUGCAGUCUGCACAGUGAGAAACUCAAACUCUUCUGUUUGGAUGAUCAAAUACCCGUCUGUGUUAUCUGCCAAACUUCAAGAAAACAUGAAAACCACAAAAUGCUACCAGUUCAGGAGGCUGCAGAAGAGAAUAAGGAGAAACUCAGGACUGCACUGGCUCCACUGCAUGAGAAGCUAAAAGCCUUCAAUGCAGUGAAAGUAAUCUGUGAUCAAACAGCAGAGCACAUCAAGAGCCAGGCCCAGCACACAGAGAGACAGAUAAAGGUGGAGUUUGAGAAACUUCAGCAGUUCCUAAAGGAUGAAGAGGCAGCCAGGAUCACUGCACUGAGGGAGGAAGAGGAGCAGAAGAGUCAGAUGAUGAAGGAGAAGAUUGAGAAGAUGACAGAAGAGAUAUCAUCCCUUUCAGAACAGAUCAGAGCCAUAGAACAGGAGCUGGGAGCUGAAGACGUCUCAUUCCUGCAGAACUACAAGGAUUCACAGAACAGAGCCCAGUGUACACUGGGGGAUCCAGAGAAGGUCUCAGGAGCGCUGAUUGAUGUGGCCAAGCACCUGGGCAAUCUGAAGUACAGAGUGUGGGAGAAGAUGCUGGGGACUGUUCAAUACACUCCUGUGACUCUGGACCCAAACACAGCACAUCCCGACCUCUCACUGUCUGAGGAUCUGACCAGUGUGAGACGCAGUGAUGAGGGACACCAGGUUCCUGAUAAUCCAGAGAGAUUUGAUAGGUGGGGUUGUGUGCUGGGCUCUGAGGGAUUCAGCUCAGGGAGACACUGCUGGGAUGUAGAAGUGGGGGGUAGGGACUGGUGGGUGGGUGUGGUUAAAGAGUCCAUCAGCAGGAAAGGGACUAUGGAAAUGAACUCAGCAGGAGGAGUGUGGAGUUUAUAUAAAAACACCAGUGGGAAAUACUAUGCCCUGACCUCCACACCUACAGCCCUCACUGUGAAGAGGGAACUCCAGAGGGUUAGAGUGCAGCUGGACUGGAACAGGGGGGAGGUGUCAUUCUCUGACCCCAGUGACAACACUCCUCUCUACACUUUUAAACACUCCUUCACUGAGAGGCUGUUUCCAUUCUUUGGUCCUGAAUCUGUUUCUCUCCAGACUCGUCUACAGAUCUGUCCAAUGAAGGUGUCUGUAACAGUGGAGUAG